AUGGACAUCGACCUUAACGACCCUGAGGUGCAGAAGGCCGCCACCAAGAUCCAGGCCGGAUUCCGCGGUCUUAAGGUCAGGAAGGAGAUGAAGGACCAAGCACCAAGAACCGCACAGGAGGCUGACGACGAGAUCGCUGACAUUGACCUGACGGAUCCAGAGCUGGCGGACGCGGCGCUCAAGAUCCAGGCCGGGUUCCGCGGGGCUAAAGUCCGCAAGAGCAACAAAGCCAAAAAGGAAGAAGCCGAACUGAACGAAAAACUUGGCAACCUGAACACGGGCGAGGAGGUGGACAUCGACCUCUCCGACCCCGAGUUGAACAAAGCGGCCACCAAAAUCCAGGCCACCUUCAGGGGUCACCGGGCCAGGGCAACCGACGAGCACUGAUGACCUUUGACACCUGUGACGUCAUCAUCACCCCCUCCGCUACCCCCCGCACCGCCGCCCCACCCACCAGCACCAUCAGCAGCGCCGUGGUGGAGGCUAGAUGAUCCGAGGCCAAGAACUGGUGGUGGAUGGUGGACAGGUGGACGCGCAGUCUGGACCGGUCUUCUGUGGAUCCGCCUCGAGUCUAUUAAGCAAUAAGAACUUAACUCAUAAGAUUAAGCUUUAUUAAGUUAUUGGUAUUUUACAGAAUGGAUAGAGAUAUACAUAUAUAUUCAUAUUUUUUCUUUGGGGGCGAGUUACACAAGGUGAGACGCGAGGCUAACUUCAGUCAUCGUCGGCGAGGAUCAUCAUCAAAAAAAUAAUAAUAAAUAAAUAAAUAAACACAUACCAAAGGCCUGCCCCAUCUUACACCAUGAGUCGCCGAUCAACCGGCCAAUCCAAGAUCUUUCCGCAGUAGAAGGUGGAGCCGUUAUGCACUCGGUGGUCGUCGAGGCGAGAGAGAGCAAGAAGCCCCGACUGGACGCGUGGUGUUCAUCCAUCGUCUUAGUUGUUUUUCUUUAAACGUUGAAGCAGAAGCACCCGUGUGAGAUUAUGAACCUUUCGUUUCACCAUUCCUUGUUUUUCCGUUUCGGGGAAGACCAACAGAGACAUGUGGAUGCUUUUGAAUUUACCACUUGACGUAGUUUUAAUACAUCAUGCCGAUACCUACUUCGUCUUUUCUCUAGAGGCUUCGUAAUGUUUAAGCUUAUCAGACUUUGUAAUUUUAGAGUUGUCUUGCUACAUUUACUUGUAUUCGUAUAUACAGUUUCAGAUGAGGAAUGUGUGACAAGAAUUGCUAAAAAUAACAUUAUACAUCGCAGCUAUAGAGUCCUUUGCAUUUGCCCAGCAACAUAAUAACCAUGAAUUUAUUCACGUAUAAAGAGAACCAUCGCAGUAGAGGUGAUAGGAAUGUAUAACUUCAAAGAAGCAGGAUGAGCAGGAAGUCACCGCCUGCGCGAUCGAGAGCCUCCACCACGGCCGAUGAAACCGCGUUCUGCCUCGCCCAGGACGGCCCUCUCCCCGGCACCUCCAGCUUCCGAUGCCUCCCAGCGACGGGGAGGCUUCAGCUCCUGCGGCUGCCCGGAGAGGCUCUCCAUCUGCCGUCCUCCUUGCAGGAGCGGCAGGUGGCACCGUCCUGCGGUCUAGUGCCAAGAGAUAGUCAUUCAGAGUUAGAGUUCCCGCUAGUAGGGAGACAUGAGCAUGCGUCAGUAUGCAAUGGCAAUAGGACUUGAUGAGUACUUCACACGUAGCUGCACCUAGUUGCAGGGAUGAUCUGGCUUCGAACCGCUGCCAGCUGCGCGCGGAUCCCAGCGACGGGGCGUCCGCGCGCUCCUGCGCACCGUUCUCAGCAAAGGGCGACUCGGAACUACGGGUGUUGCAUGCACCUGCGGAUUGCUCUCCGCGGCGGGUGGCUCCCAGCAGUGGAUGGUCGCUUGCGGCGGGAGGCUCCCGGGGCGGGGGCCGCAGCCGAGGCGCGCCGGCCCGUCUAUCUCUGGCAGAAUGUUCGAGACAAUCAUGCCCUUCGCUGCUGGACGCCGCGGGGAGCACCCCAGAGAGACUAGUCUUACCGGGAAUGUCUUUUCCUCCUCACCGCAAUAACGCUCUUAGUCUUCUAGAUCUCCUAGACGGAUUGAUCGAUACGAGGAACAAGGUAGUCGGGCAAUCUGCAUGACAUCACCUUCUGACGCCUCUCACGCGCUCGCCCAACACCUCGCAGAGCUAUCUAGGCUCUGAUGAAACAAUGCAGGCUUUGGUGAGACUAUUCAGGCUUUAGCGAAACUACCCAAGCUUUGGCGUGGUUUCCCAAGGUCACUUGUAUUUAAUGAAGCUACCUUGGUUUGUGCGAGGAUUUCCCAGACUAUGGCGGACUACCCGAGCUGCGUCGGAGCUUCGCUGGUAACGGAAAAGUUAGCUUCGGGGAAGUUGAGUAUGCCUAAGGGAAGCAACCCAGGAACCGGCGUAUUUAUUAAAGCUCAGCGAAGUUUCUGCAGAAGCCACAAACAUGUGCAGGAAGUUAUAUGUCCCUCGAGGUUCUGAUGAAAUCGAAGAGUCUUUGUCUAAAACACACUGGUUCUCUGGAAGCAAUCUGUGAUGAAGCACAAGCGGGUUUUACCAGUAGCUUCCCAGGCUUCAGUGCAGCAACCGGGGUUGUGGGAAGCUACGUAAGUACUGGUGAAGCUCCUUAGACUCUAACGAAGUUACCUUACGUUGUGGCGAAGUUCCUAUGCUCUGAUGAGGUAACCCAGGCUCCGGUAAGAUUAUAGAAUUUCCAUUAUUCUUUUCGAGAGUUCACCUGCCAUAACCACAUUACUUCUGCAGAUUCUGCUGCGAGACUGUUUAUGUGUCUGUGAUUUAUUGAGCUUGUCCUAUUUUUCCUUCUCUGUCAUUAUCUGCAGGAUCACUUGUGUUAGGAUACACCAUGCAGUGUAAACAUCUUUUGGUGUCCGGAAACCAAUCAAGAAUACUGUCACUAUGAUAACGCAAUUAAAAGCCAAUCAAAGAAGUUUUUAGAUAUCAUCUUUGACAGCUUCCAGCUGGUCAGUUAACAUCAGUAAUCAAACAAUACUCGUUUGUAAUAAUAAUAUCUUAGUGUUCACAGUUCUGAACCAGUUUUUGCUAAUAAUAUCCUCACUUUUGAAGGCAUGUUCAGUCUAGAAGAAAAGUAUCAGUCCGAACCCAUCACUAUGUAUCGUUUCAAUAAAUAUAUAUAUCCUUUUCAAGUUUUUUACUUGUAUUGUGAUUCAGCCUCGUGCGGUCCAGCCUGCCCACGUGUUAGCCAGACCACAACUGGUGCUGACAUGAGGCUGCCUAGCAAAAUUUGUAGAGAAAAUCAGCGAACUUCCGUGGAAAGUAGGCAUAGUCACUGGCACCAUUAGACUCAUCACUAAGUUCCCGGAGCUGCCAAAGUACGGGAAAAAAAUAAUAAAUAAAAUUCUGCCAUUCAUAAGCACCUUCCUGCUGGCCAUUCUCGCUAACACGUGAGACAAAAAAAAAACUCAUUAUUGAAAUCUGUUGUUGAUGUUUUAAAGAUUUAAGAUUAUAAAAAAGAAGAAUCUCUUUAAUGGUGUUGUACUUUUUAAAUCUGAACAGUGUUCCUCUCUCGUUGACCAUCUUCUAAGUAGAUUUGUAUUCUCGUAGUGUUAUCUUGAUCAUUCUCGUUUACUAUUGACAUCUGGUUCGAGUUAAGACAGAGCUGUCCCUCCUGUGCUGUUAUCUAAAUACAAAUUAAUGAUAAGACUAUUAUUAGAAUACUACUACUAGCCUUGGCGUGAGCUUCAUAGUGUUUUAAGAAAGAUAGUGAAAAUGUUCAUAAAAUGCUCAAUUGGAGUAAAGAAAAAUAAAGAAAAUACCAGAUU